UAAACAUCGCCAUCGCCAACACAUGAUGGAGGCACCUCCUCCAUACCCAGAGCUUAGAAUCCUCCAGCAAAGUGAAAAUCCGAGCCCGUUCCAUCCAAUCCCAGAUGCGGACCUAACUACCUACACUCAUCCGCAUACAUUGCUGGCAGUCCGAUCACCGUCUUCAACCGUGCUUCAUUACUGGUCACCUCGAUCCCCAUCCACCGCUUCCAUCGCACCUUUAGACAGUAAUAUACAUACCAUGAUACCCAUCAAUCUCGAACCAAGCAGCAUCCAGUUGAUCCGAGGCUUUCACGAUCUCGGCACCUUCACACUACCUACCACAGAUAAUAAUAAUGACACAACAGCAAUAUCGCAGUUCUUUUCAUCGUUGGUCGGUAAUAUCACUCAUGACGUUGAGCCUUCCUCGGAAAUCAUUACCCGCCUCUCCGCCGCACCGCGUCAUCCGCCCACUGACAGUGGCCUCUCCAUCCAAGUCUUCGCAAUCCCCGUCCAGAGUAAUACAAUAGGUGACCUUUUUGGUAACGGCGUGCACAAGCUUGUAUGGAAGUGGGCGAAGCCCGACAGCUACUACGAGCCGAAGACGGGCUUCUGGGAAGUCGAGAUGGAUCGAGCGGUCGAGGACGGCGAAUGGCGUGCAGGUCGAAACUUGCAAUUACUUGUGCGAGGCGUUUCUUCCAAAGAAUUCGAAGCGCUGAAGAAACAUAGGGUAACGAGGUUGGCUUAACAGAAGUCGAUCCAUGAAAUUUCCCCCAAAAAUAAUCGAUUGAGGCUAUCUACCUGGCAUUUAGGGUCUUGAUCUGCAGGCAACAAUAAGUUACAUAAGAGUACCUAGGUAGCAGAUGUAUCCACUUUA